AUGGGAGACAGGCUGCCGGAGCCUCACGCCAGCUCUUCCCCUGCUGUGGCUGCCAGCUCGGAGGCGGAAGAAAUCGAGGUGCUGGACUCCGAAGAUGUCCUACCUAUGGCCGCAGAGGAUCACUGGAAAGCCCUAUUUGAUCAGAAAGGUAGCUGUUCCUGCAGGCAGGCACUAAAGCAAGAGGAAAGCAGCUGGGAUGGAGCAGAAGUCAGGAAGCAGGCUGAAAUGUUUGAUCCUGACAACACUGGCUACAUCAGCACGGAGAAGUUCCGCUCCCUCCUCCAGAGGCACGGCUCGGAGCUGGACCCCCACAAGCUGGAGGUGCUGCUGGCCCUGGCAGACAGCAACUCUGAGGGGAGGAUCUGCUACCAGGACUUCGUCAACCUGAUGAGCAACAAGAGGUCCAACAGUUUCCGCCAGGCCAUCCUGCAGGGCAACAGGAGGCUGUGCAGCAAGGCCCUGCUGGAGGAGACGGGGCUGAGCCUCUCGCAGAGGCUGAUCCGGCACGUGGCCUACGAGACGCUCCCGCGGGAGAUCGACCGCAAGUGGUACUACGACAGCUACACCUGCUGCCCCCCGCCCUGGUUCAUGAUCACCAUCACCAUCGUGGAGGUUGCCUUUUUUCUUUACAAUGGAGUGGUCUUAGACAGAUUUGUGCUGCAAGUCAGCCACCCCUUGUACCUGAAGAAUGCAUUGCUGUACCAUCCCCAGCUUCGGGCCCAGGCUUGGAGGUACCUAACCUACAUAUUCAUGCAUGCAGGGAUAGAACACCUUGGGCUCAAUGUUGUCCUUCAGCUCUUGGUUGGGGUUCCUCUGGAAAUGGUGCACGGAGCUGCGAGGAUCAGUUUUGUGUACGUUGCAGGAGUUGUGGCAGGGUCCCUGGCAGUGUCUGUGGCUGACAUGAGGGCGCCGGUGGUGGGCUCCUCUGGAGGUGUGUAUGCUCUUGUCUCUGCUCACCUGGCCAAUAUUGUGAUGAACUGGUCAGGAAUGAAGUGCCAAUUCAAACUGCUGCGCAUGGCUGUUGCCUUGAUCUGUAUGAGCUUUGAAUUUGGAAGAGCCGUGUGGCUGCGAUUCCACCCCUCUGCUUACCCCCCCUGCCCCCACCCCAGCUUCAUGGCCCACCUGGGAGGGGUCAUGGUUGGAAUCACCCUUGGUGUUAUCAUCCUGAGGAACUACGAGCAGAGACUCCAAGAUCAGACUUUAUGGUGGAUCUUCCUUUCUAUUUACGUCAUUUUUGUCUUGUUUGCCAUCUUCUGGAAUAUUUUUGCCUACAGUCUGUUGGAUCUCAAGCUACCUCCCCCUCCUUGAAAACAUGGGACAGAAAACUGGAGAGCAGAAGUCAUCUGUCAGCUGUGUUAAAUGAAUGAAGAUGGAGGAUCUAUUUUUGUAUUUCACUUGGGAGGAUGAUUCUUCUGAACACGUGAGUGUGCUGGAGGAGGUGCUUAAAGAUCUCAUGAAAGAAUGGGCUGAUCAGUUUGUUCACAAAUCCAGCAGGUUCUGUAACUCUGGCUGGCCAUGCCCUGCAGUUUCUGCCCUGCAUCUGGGCACUGACUGCUUGGGUUGUUAUCACACAUCAAUAUUUUCUAUGAGAUAUUUGUAUUUUCCAGGUCAGUGCUGGAAUUGUGGCCAAUUGUUCAGUGAAUUUCCUCCAUGUUACUGAACACUAAAAGGGAAAAAGAGCAGGCAUUUACUAAUUAGAGACUCAAAUGGUACUCACAAGGCAGCUUGAGUCUGGUUUCUUUGGACACGUCUGACUGUUCAGCCAUACCAGUGCCACUGUCUCAUUACUUGAAUGGUUCCUAAGGUAUUUUAGCCUCUGCUGAAACUUGUCUUGCACAACUUUCAAAGGAAUCGGCAGAACUUGAUCACACAAAGUGAUGGAGACUGGUCUUCAACCACAGGUCAAAUGAAAUUGCACUAUAAACAUUGGGAAUCUUAGAGUGUUGUGGAUACCCAGCCAGAAGUGACUUUUCCUGUGCAUGUUUCACUUGAUUUUCAUUAAUUAUUCCCCCUUCCACAGCCUGCUGUGGCUAGAGGGUGUGGCUGGAUUGUUGGGUU